UGUACCGGACCUGGGGUUCGCGGAAGGCUGGGCCAGCGGGCGGGGGAGGAAUGGAGGCUGCAGCGCCGCUCCGGCGAGGCCUCCCAUCUUAAGAGUGUUGUCUGGAGUCAGACGUGUAGGGUCCGGGACCACGGGGCUACUUCCUUGGGCUUCGGUCCGGGGCCUUGGGCGAUUGUGCUUGUGUCGGGAGAGGAGGGAUGAUUGUACGAAGUGAAGGAUGAUUAUUGCCCCUUUGCUGGUUCCAGCUCGCUCUGAGCUUUCGUGUAGCUUCCGGAGGCUCCUUUUUGGAUUGAGAAGCUUCCCCGGUGCCCCUGCAGUCGUCCAGGCAACCAUCCAACCUACCCUGAGCCUCCCCUCUGAUCAUUUCCCUCCUAUUGGCGACCUCAGGUUUCAGAUGAGCAGCCCGCAGGUCUCUGAGAAGCCUGCCUUUUAACGUAUUGCCCGCCCAAGCGGAGCCCCUGUCCGCGGGCCCUUUCCUUGCCAGUCAUCCUGUGUUCUUCACAUACAGUGGGUGAAGCUAGGUAUUUGUGAAGUUAAAGGAUAUGUGGGACGGCCUAGGGAACAAAGCAAGGUCAGAAUUUGCAACUCAAAACGAUGUGAAAGAUGAACUAUUGAGGCUGCUUGGACAGCUUAACCCAAAAGAUGGAUAUCAGACCAAACCAUACAAUUUAUAUCAACAAUAUGAAUGACAAAAUUAAAAAAGAAGAAUUGAAGAGAUCCCUGUAUGCCCUGUUUUCUCAGUUUGGCCAUGUUGUAGAUAUUGUAGCUUUAAAGACCAUGAAAAUGAGGGGGCAAGCCUUUGUUAUAUUUAAAGAAUUGGGCUCAUCCACAAAUGCCUUGAGACAGUUACAAGGAUUUCCAUUUUAUGGUAAACCAAUGCGAAUCCAGUAUGCAAAAACAGAUUCAGAUAUAAUAUCUAAAAUGCGUGGCACCUUUGCUGACAAAGAAAAGAAAAAAGAAAAGAAGAAAGCCAAAACUGUGGAACAGACAGCACUGACUGCUAAUAAGAAGCCUGGUCUGGGAGCACCAAAUUCAGUUAACCCCCAAGGAAAUGCAACGCCAAACCCUCAGGUCCCUGAUUACCCUCCAAACUAUAUUUUAUUCCUUAAUAAUUUACCAGAAGAGACUAAUGAGAUGAUGUUAUCCAUGCUGUUUAAUCAGUUCCCUGGUUUCAAGGAAGUACGUUUGGUACCUGGGCGGCAUGACAUUGCAUUUGUUGAAUUUGAAAAUGAUGGACAGGCUGGAGCUGCCAGGGAUGCUUUACAAGGAUUUAAGAUCACACCAUCUCAUGCCAUGAAGAUCACCUAUGCCAAGAAAUAACAUUUGGGAGAGUUGUCUUUAAAGGACUUGGAGUUAUUUAUAGUGUUUGUUUUCAUAACAAUUGGUCAGGCCAUUCUAAUAGUUGGGGCUGGAAAUGCAAGUAAAAUUUUUGUGUAGAUUUUUAAAAAUUACCUAUUAGUGAACUAUGAAAUGUGAAGGCCUUAAUUUUGUACAAUAAAGUUUUAUACAUAAUACUUCA